AAAUUUGCACUUAUUUACUAGUUAAACCCAGAAGCCGCCUCCUCCCCUCUCGCUCUCUGUCGUCGUUGCUUCCUCGCGGCGGAUUCGAAUCCUCCUCCUCUCUCUCUCUCUCUGUUCCGCGACUAGGCGAAGAGCGGCGUGGUGGUGCUGGAGGGGAUGGCCGCCGCCGCAGCCGGCGUGGUGAACUACCCGCUCGUCGCGGCGCUCCUCGCGUUCGCCGUCGCGCAGUCCUCCAAGUUCUUCACCACGUGGUAUAAAGAGAAUCGUUGGGAUGUCAGACAAUUUAUAGCUUCGGGAGGGAUGCCAUCGUCCCACUCAGCUACAGUUACAGCACUUGCAGUGGCUGUAGGAAUCCAAGAAGGCUUUCGUAGUGCCACCUUUGCAACUGCACUUGUCUUUGCAUGUGUGGUAAUGCAUGAUGCUUUUGGAGUUCGGUUACAUGCUGGAAAACAGGCAGAGGUGCUGAAUCAAAUUGUCUACGAGCUGCCAGAGGAACAUCCAUUAUCAGAGACAAAGCCAUUGCGUGAAAUCCUUGGACAUACUGUUCCUCAGGUUGUGGCUGGUUGCAUCCUUGGAAUCCUCACGGCUUUUUUUAUGCGCUUAGCUCUGGGGAGUUCCUAAUCAAGUGUUACUCAUGGAAAUUGGCCACACAUGAUCAUCAAAUAUCUUGUUGGUGAUGAUUUGUAAAGUGUGAAAAUACAUCUCAUGGGUCGGGUUUGUCCAGGUGGCUAGAUCAUCAUGAUACUAUAAAGUUCUAACUGUGGAUCUGCGUUGUAGGAUAGUAUGUUGUAGUUUCAGUCUGUUCUGUAAAUCUGAAAAGGUAACUUUCAACUGGAACCACGUGUAAUGGAAGCGUUCUUAUACAAUCGGCAGUGGUCUGAACUUGCAGGGUAACGAUCAGAAUGGCCGGUGUCAUGCCGUCACCUUUGCUUUCAACUGGUUUAGUUCUUACUGUGUAAUUCAUUGAUAACUCGAGAGUUAUAGAUUAAUAUUGUUGGCUUA